GUUUUUUAAACAUAUCUUUCGUUCUUUUUUUUUUAUCUUCUUCUCCUAUCGGUGGAGUCUUGUCUCUUCUCUCUAUCUUUUAGUUUCUCCGAUUGAUGAAAGCUGAGCUUGAUUGGUCGAGAACUAAUUAAUUAACAUGGAGGUUUUGGUUGGUUCCACGUUUAGGGAUCGGCGCAACGACACGGCGCAUGAUCAGGGUGUACAGGCGGGUAUGUCUAGCCGGAUCGGGUUAAGGAGAUGUGAUAUAACUCCAUCGGAGAGUUGGUCGUCGUCGGUUGGAGAAAGCAGCGAAAACGAGGAAGAACAAGACGACGAGGUUUCGUCAGCACGAGGAAGAUGGUUUGAUUCCUUUACUUCAUCCCUUGAAGAUUCUCUUCCGAUUAAGAGAGGAUUGUCAAAUCAUUACAUAGGGAAAUCGAAAUCGUUUGGGAAUUUGAUGGAAGCUGAGAGCAAUGCGAAAGGUUUAGAGAAAGUGGAGAGUCCGUUGAACAAGAAGAGGAGAUUACUUAUUGCUAAUAAGCUAAGGAGAAGAAGAUCAUCCUCCUUGUCUUCUUCUUUCAGCAUCUACUCCAAUAAAAAUCCUAAUUCCAUGCCUUUACUUGCAUUGCAAGAAUCUGACCUAGAGGACAUUCACAAAUACAAAGAUGAUAAUGAUGAUGACAGUAGUGAUGAUGAUGAAACUAGUAAGCUGAAAGAGAAGAGGAUGAAGAUGACCAAUACUAAUAAUAAUACUAGAGAUUUUAUGGUUCAUCAUACUAAGAGAUGUUUUAGCUUAACUAGUUUUCAACAUGAUCAUCGAUGAUCAUAUUUUAUUUUUCUUUUGUGAAAGAGAGUAGUUAGAGGAAGUUUCGUUGCCAAAUAAGUUGGUGGAAGAUUUGCAGAAGCCCAAGUUAUGAUAUUAUUUGUAAUAAAAUUAGUUUCGCUAUUUGUAUA